AUGCAGGGAGAAGGAGCUCCAGGAGUGACCAGCAGGUUGCUGAAGAAGCUCAGACUGAGUCCACCAGCUGUGGCUUAUUCAAUGACCACUCUGGGAGCAACGCUGAUCAACAGCGUCUUCAGCUUCUACUAUGUCAAACUGUUCGUCAACAAGUAUGAGAUAUCAGAGGGAGCCUUCCACCACUCACAGGUUGUAUACAUGGUGUGGAAUGCAGUGAACGACCCUCUAUUUGGCUACCUGCAAGACCAUUCUAAGUUGGCAUGUUGCAUGAAACGGCGCCUCUCCAUCCUGUAUGGCGCUCCACUCUACUCACUGACAUUUCUCCUCCCGUGGUUUCCCUGGCGCUCCUACAGCUCUGGUGAUUGGCUGAGUGGCGUGCACUUGGUGGUGGCACAGUGUGCGUUUGAUGGGAUGCUGACCUUUGUGCUGCUGGCACAGUGUGCCCUCUUUGCUGAAAUGUCUGCCCACCAUCAGAGCCACCUACAGCUUGUGAAGUACCAACAGGUAGCUUCUCUCAUUGGUUCGUCCAGUAUCCUCUUUUGUGGCGUGGUGUCCAAUAAUAUGGACAAUUUUGCAGCCUUCCAAGCCUUCACGGUGGUGAUGGCUCUCGUCAGCUGUGGCUGCAUGAUGUACUCGGGCUUCCACAGCGAGAGCCACUUUGAUAACAAGGGAUCUGAAGCGGAUGAACUGGGGUGUGCUGACAGUCACUCGGCAUUUUCAUUCUCUGGGUUGAAAGUUUUGUUGUUGCAGAUUUUGACCAACAGGGACUUCCAGAUGUUUGUGUUGAUGAACUUCUUCCAGGUUUUCUUGUUGGCUUUUUGGACGGAUUUUACCAUAAUAUUUACCGAUAACCUAAUUCCUCAACAAGUGUUGCCACCUCUCGCCAGAAGCAUCAUGUAUGGAACUGGAUUCAUGUGCCCACAGCUGUUAGUGUUGAGCUGUCAGGGUCUGCUCCGCCGCUUCGGGUACUACAGGGUCAUCUUAUGGAUCUUCUGCGUGGAGCUGGGAAUGGCUGCAUUCAUGCUGGCACUGGGCUCAGGGCAGUACCACAUCCUGGCUUUGUUCCUCACACUUAACAUGAUCAUUGUUCAUGCUACUUUCAGUGUUUUCAACUUGCCUUUGGCUGACAUCAUUGACAAAGAUCUCCAGAAGUACAAACGCAGGUAA